AUGGGUGGAAAUGGCAAGAAACUACACAAAUGGAAACUCGCUUUUCACAGACCCUUCUUCAAGUCUGACAACAACAAAAAACAGCCACCCCAAGAAUUCAUUUGCCCAAUUUCGAAUUCUUUGAUGUUCGAUCCAGUUGUUGUUUCCUCUGGCCAGAGUUUCGAGCGUUUGUCUGUUCAAGUAUGCAAAGAUUUGGAGGUCACCCCGACUCUGCCUGAUGGUUCAACUCCGAAUUUUACUAAUAUAAUUCCCAAUUUAGCUCUCAAGAGUACAAUCCAAAAUUGGUGUUCAAAGGCUGGAUUUGAACACCCGAAUCCGCCUGAGUAUUCAGAAGUUGAGUCCAUUAUUAGUUCUUCCAUGGGAUUCUGUUUAAUGAGUCGAGAUAAUUCGAAAAUUGGGGUUUCAGAAAGUGAUUUGCUUGACGGUGUUUCUGAAACCCCUCCGGUUUUAUUCAGCCAUGCUUCUUCGGAAUUGAAUUGCCCGAAUUUUUACUCCUGUUCGAGUUCAGAGGAAUCUGUGAUUGCAAAUACGACGCCCCGUUUGCCGUUUGCUACUAGGCCCUCUUGCUUUUCAGCUUCAUCUUCGACGACAACCUCGUCGGAAUUUAUCGUGUCGGACGAGGUUUCGAGUAAAACUUCUGCGUCAUCAGAGGAUGAAAAUUUGGUUAACAUGAUGAAGAGUUUAGAUGUAUUUGAGCAAGAACAAGCUGUGAUUUUAUUGAGGAAAAUUACGAGGACUAAUGAAGAAGCUCGAGUUUCAUUGUGCACGGAAAGGCUUCUUUUUGCUUUGAAUCAGUUGUUAAAUACGCGGUACGCCGCCCUGCAGACCAACGCCGCCGCCGCACUGGUGAAUCUUUCACUUGCAAAAGUCAAUAAAAUCAAGAUUGUGAGAGCUGGGUUUAUUCCUCUAUUAAUUGACAUUAUGAAAAAUGGGUUUCAAGAAUCACGAGAUCAUGCCACGGGGGCAAUUUUCAGCUUGGCACUUGAAGAUGAAAACAGGACUGCAAUUGGAGUGCUAGGCGCUUUGCCACCAUUAUUGCACGCUCUGAGAUCGGGAUCGGGUACGACACCGCACGAUGCGGCCAUGGCUCUGUAUCAUUUGACAUUAGUGCAGAGCAAUAGAGCAAAGAUUGUUAAACUUGGAGCUGUGAGAACAUUGUUGGGGUUGCUGAAGGAUCCGGCAGUGGCGGCUCAGGUGUUGCUGGUUGUGGUGAACCUGGUGGCCUGUGCGGAGGGGCGGUCAGCUUUGUUGGAUGCCAAUGCGGUGGAGUGCUUGGUGGGGAUGUUGAGGAAAGGGAACACGUCGGGUUCGGGGUCGACCCGGGAGAAUUGUGUGGCGGCAUUGUACUCGUUGAGCCACGGGAGUUUGAGAUUCAAUGGGCUAGCGAGGGAUGCGGGGGUGGCCGAGGUGUUGCGAGAGGUGGCAGAGAGUGGAAGUGAGCGUGCAAGAGAGAAAGCAAGGAGGAUUUUGGUGAUGUUAAGAGAAAGGGACGAGGAGGAGGAAGGACAGGAGGACGAAGAUGUGGACUGGGAAGCGGUAAUGGAGGGUGGGGUGACUCGGGCGAGGCCACGAAUUGGGAGGUCAUGA